CUUGACUGCUCUCGGGGCGUGCUGUCGGUAGAAAAUGCCAUGGUUUCCGUUGUACGGACACGUUCUCUCUUUGUCUCAGAUACCCACUCACGAUACCUGACGACAAGCCAACACGUCAUUUGCCGUGCGCCCAUGCAGAUGCAACCAUCGCCUGUGGCCCAAUCCCAACUCCCCACUAGAAGUAUAAGUAUCCACGGAGUCGGCCCCGGCUUCUUGCAUCCCCAGCGCCUUAUUACAGGACGGGGGUCCGGCUGCAGCCACGACCGACAGUAUGGCCGCGAGCAGAGAACUUCCAAACCACGCUGAUCUUCAACCAUACAACCACGCGGUGGCAGGGCAUGAUGGAACACUUUCCGACAUCGAUGGCGAGCUGUUCAUCAAGCCAUGCGUACAGCAGGAGAUCGACUUUUACGAAAAGACCUUCCGGGACCACCCCGAAUUUGCCUCGGUGAUGCCGCUGUUUUUCGGGACGCUUUCGCUUAACGAUGCGACCGAUAUCAAUUCGCUGAACGAGCAACUCCCUGCGGUUUCCGAUCACAUAAGCCAGGGCUUGAAGGAAGAGGCGGUAAAGAUGGCGAAGGAGGCAGCGGCCGAGGCAGCAGCCGAAAUAGCCGACGAACCGGUAGACAUCGCAUGGAAGCCGAACAAGAACAGGAAAAUAGCGACCAACAAGUCAGUGGUUCUACAGAACACUGCCCACGGCUUCAAGAAACCCAACAUUCUCGACGCGAAGCUCGGUCGGCGUCUGUGGGCCGAUGACGCACCAUUGGAGAAGCGGAGGCGGUUCGACGAAAUCAGCAGGCUGACAACCAACGGGUCUCAUGGAUUUCGCAUCGCGGGCAUGCGCGUUUACAAGGGGUCCGACAACCCGGAGGAACUCGACGCCAACGGCUUCAAGGUCUACAACAAGGAUUAUGGCAGGUUUCAGGUCAACAAGGAUAAUAUCGUCCAGGAGAUGGCCAAGUUCAUCUUCAACGACCGGGCGGGCAUCGACAGAGAACUGGGACGAGCGGUCGCCCAGGCAUUUCUGGAGGACCUGAAACGGGUAGAGGAAGUCUUGGCCAACUCUGAAACCAGGAUGUACUCUGCCAGCUUGCUGUUCACGUUUGAGGGAGAUGGCGAGGCACUCCGUGCUGCCAUUGAGGAGAACAAUGCCCUCGUUGAUAAGGCAAACGCUCUGGAGGAGGAUGACGGAAUCAUCGUUCGGGGACGCAAGGAGCUCGAUGCCGGGAAACUUAACGGGAUUAUGGUUAGCCAGCAAGAUAUGGGCACAGUCGAUAUAAACGCGGUCUCCGGCGCCAUUGAAGGAGACGUCAAGGUUGUGGAACUGAUGGGCAACGUCGCUUCCGAUGGCGAGGAUGACGACGACGACGACGGCUUCUCCACCCUACCGCGAAUCUACUCUCUCAAGCUCAUCGACUUCGCUCAUGCUGAGUGGGUGCCCGGUCAGGGGCCCGACGAGAAUAGUUUGCUCGGCGUUCGGAGCCUUAUCAAAAUAUUCGAGGAGUUGGCUCAGUAAGGGAUAGAUGGACUAGUCAGGCUUUUUUGUUUGGUUUUGGGCGGUGAUCAAUUGCGUUUCGCACGACAAGAAUAAAGAGCGGGAUAAACAUCGUUACGAGCCCAUGACCUUUAUGACGCAGAGGACUUAGAGGUGCGGAGGAUUUUUUUUUUCUCAAUACCCCAAGGUUGGCGUUGGUUUCUUGAUUUCGUCAGUAGCUAGCCGGUCAUCUCCCUAUUUAUUUUAUUGAUCAUCUGCAUUUCAAUG